AAAAGUUACUAGCUUCUCCGUAGGUCGUUUUUAUUUGACCCUAGGAAAGAACGUGCUCUCCUUUCUUUAUCACGGAGCGUGUCCAUGAUAAGAAUGGAGCAAUUUCAGAGAAGGGCCGUUAGAUAAAACAGAGAUGAUAAAAGCGGCUCUCGAUAGCUGUAUCAAAUCGAAGAUGAGUACGCUCAUCUAUUCUCCGUCACUAUUUUAUGAUUAAUCCAAGCAAGGUUGGAAACAUUCCCACGUCAUGUUCAGGCAACCGUACCGACGAUUUGAGAUUUUUCUUCGAGAUUUUCAAGAAUUUUUCCUAAUACCGGAAGAAUCUAGAAUCUCGUUAGAAGAGUGAAGUGCCACGAUGCAGUUAUCGAUAUGCGAUUGAGAUUGCGCGAAUGUUUGAAUUUGGCGCGGUCGGGACGCAGGUUUAUUGGUUGACAGCGGAAGAGGUUAUCUUUUAGAGGUUAGCGCGUCUUCGCGCCCGUUAAGUUGGCUAAUCUGUGCAGGUCGCGUCCGACCGCGGCGAGGUUCCGGUGAGUCGGUGAGUGUGCUGUUUUCAAACAUGGGGAGGUUACUUUUUUGAAAUAAUAUGUGGGAUCUAGGAAACCGGGGCGUUCUCGUGUUGGUAAGUGUAUUGAGCGGGUGCGUGUUACUCUACAACGCUUGGGGGCCCAUCCUCGCGCUGACGCUCUCGCUAUUCCUGGUGGUGUUCGCGUGCUACUCGCUCAUAGCCAACGACACCGUCUUCACGCCGCACGCGGAUCUCGUGUUUCGCUACCUUAGAGAGGCCAGUUACGAGGCACACAACGUCCUCGGACUGACGAGGCUGCAGAUCUACAACCGGUGCCGCGAGCUCUUGACAUUUAUCAAGCGUUUGUAUCGUCAGCGCAUUGCGGCGCGAGUGAGCAGGCACCGUGCAGCCAGUACGUACCAUACCAGCAGUGAUUUGUACCACGCUAACGCUAGUAACUCGCCCAUGUUCAGCCUGAUCGAUCAGUUGAGUCCGAUUUCUUGUGGUACGUAUCGGUCCCUUGUUGACGAUAUCAGUUCGGCCAACAGCUCCUCUAUGGAGUCCAAUUCGAGGGGUAACGACAGUGGAGGAACCUCCAUUAAGCAUACUUCGACUCCGCUACACCCAUGGAGGAAGGAGAAUUCGCAGAACGGUGGACCGGGACUGUACACGCCAACCAGGCCAAUUGGGAAAAAGACACAGACCGAGAAAGGACACGAUCGGUCACUGGAAAAUGGCUCGUUUGGUUUUAACGGAUCUCCGUGGGGUAUCAGCAUAAGCCCUAAAAUGCGUUCCAAAGCUGCUGGUGUCAAGACGGUACAAACCGUGGCUGGGCCAUUGUUGGCAUCUACGAGAUAUAACAUUGACCCAAAGGUGUAUGCAGACGUAAACUCACCAGGAUUUAGCACUAGGCUAGUGAAAUAUGCUACAGAAGCUAGUAAAAAAUUGACCCAUCAGUCUCAGUAUGCUGCUGGACAGUUUCCAAAGAUCAAUCUACAUGCGAGUCCUGCUCCUUUAUUGAGUGCAAAAGCUGCAAAAAUGAGAAUGCCUGUAACGGUCAGGAUAGCUCCACCUGAUCAAAAUAAAUAUAAUAAAUAUUCUCCUCCUCAAAGGCAGCAAGUCGUAGGCGAUAUGUGCCAUUUGGAUAAUAAUGCUUCUCCAAGUGUUGUUCAAGUACUACGGGAGAUAUCAUUGAAGAGACAUGCAUCAAGGGAGGAUAUCACUGCUGAUUUAGUUAAGAAACAGCGCACCGAUGGAAUCUAUGGUGAUAAUUUAGAAAAUUUGGAGGAGAUGACUCAAAAAAGGAGCAGAGAUGAAUCUUCAAAGUCUGAAGAUGAGAUUACUCCUGAAAAGAAAUCUCUAAGACCAAUAAAACGGACAAAAACACCAUCCUGUUAUGAUAUUCUUAAUUCACUGAGUUCUAGUGCUCAUGUUCAGUCGGGUGUAAAGAGGAAAGCGAUGGACAUUUCUCGAAGUGGAACACCCGAUCCAGAGAAACAUUUCAAAUCUUUGGAUAAUACAAAUGCAUCGCUUUCAACAGAAAUCCCUACCGAUGCAGCUUCGACAGCAAUUAGCCCUAACGAUCCAUCUUCUCCACAUGCAGAUGUACUCCAUCGUUCGAAAACAGUACAAGAACACAUUCCAUUGAAGGGAGCAACAAAAUCUAUUGCUACCAAGGAGAGUAAAAUCAAUGGAACCAUUGAAGAUCCACUUGAGAAAUAUCCUGGCAUAAGAGAUACAAGGGAACGAAUAGCCAAACAAAAGACAGUUGUCGAUGCACCAACAAAUCUAACCGAUAAACUGUUCAUGAGAGCCGAACCUCAGCACAAUGAAAAAUUGAAAUCGUUAAUUGAGGAGCAAGGAAAUAUUAAAGUACGAUUUACUACUAAUGAUAUGGAUGAAAUUAAGAAGGAAGAUAUAGUUACCAUGAGACAAGUCAGUAUGCGUGCAAGAUUGCAGAGCAUGUUUGACGCAAUAUCUGGAAAAGCAUCCAAUAAAAUAAAUCCAGACAUCGUUAUUCAGGCAGAGGAAGUAACAACACCAGCGGUUUCAUCUACUCCUGCUACAACUCUCACCUUUUCAACAUCGACCACUGAUGUUAACACUUCUCCACUUUCAACAUCAGCAGUAGCAUCAAUCAUUGCUAAGCCAAAAUCAAGCGGUACUCCUCGUAAACAUGUGACUUUCCUCCUUCCCACUACAGAGUCGCAGCAGAUUUCGGAAAGUAGCGUAACAGAAUCAUCUGAAACUACUUCUACCGAAAUUCCAUCCGCUACUAGUGCUCAAGAAACAAGUACUACUAAGUUUUCAAUAACGGCCAGCACUCCGAUUACAAGUUUUGCUACUUCUAAGCCUAGUAUGUUUGCCCCGACAUCAGAUUCAGUUUCUUCGGGUAGCACAAUUGCACCAGCUUCAAACUUUUCCUUCGGCACCCCAAUAGUUACUACAACUACACAACAGUCGACUGUACCAGCCACACCGAUAAUGACACCAUCUGCCACCAUGCCUCCAAAUACACCCAUCCAAUCUGUGAUAGUUUUUGGUACGCCUGUUACCCAAAGUAGUUCCAGCAAUAUCGUCAACGCCAGUAAACCUACUUCAGAAUCUACAUUGGGUACUCAACCGUCACCACUUUUCUCGUUUGGACCAACCACUACAACUACAUCGACUCCUUCGACCACUCAAACUGCAACUUCGAUGUCGAGUCAAAAGACUUCAGGUGGGCUGAAUUUUGGAACUCCAAGCGUAGCGGCAGCUAGCAAUACCGUAGUGUCACCUAAAUUCAACACUACUACAGCAAGUGUUUCAACGAAUCCACCCACUUCUACGUUUACAUUUGGAGCGAAUAGUACAAAUAUCAAGACUUCAACGCCUGAGGGCUUCUCCUUUAACACUCCUGCAAUUGCGGCCCAAAGUACACCAUUGUUUGGAUCUAUCCCGACGACGCAGUCUAAUUCAUUAUUUGGAAAUACGUCUCCGACUCCAAGUUUCGCCUUUCCAACAACUUCAAUUCGUGCAACGAAUGCAGCACCCAGCUUUAAUUCAAAUGUCGCUACGACGGCGUCUUCUAAUUUUGGUUCGAAUAUCACCACGACUGCAUCUCCUGCCUUUGGAUCAAAUGUCGCUUCAACUGCAUCAUCUCUUUUUGGAACCAAUGUCGUCACAACUGCAUCUCCCACUUUUGGAUCAAAUGUUACAACUGCAUCUCCCAGUUUUGGAUCAAGCAUUGCAACUGCGUCUUCGGUCUUCGGCGCAAACGUUGCUACAACAGUACCUUCCGGAUUUGGAUCAAACAUCGCCACAACUGCAGCUGCUGGUUUUGGAUCCUCCAAUAACGCAACGCCAUUAUUUUCUUUCGGAACCACUUCAGCUCCAGGGUCUUCAAACAAUCAAUCAACAUUUUCCUUUGGUGGAAACGCUGCCAGCUCCAUAGGAAGUGCGAGUACGGGAAUGAAUUUUGGAAGCACAACUAGCGGUACCACCUCCUCCUUCGAGACACCCGCCACCACGACUGCUGCAGUUUUUGGCGCAACAACUACGACCACCUCUGUAUUUGGCACCCCAUCUUCGACUUCUGUAUUUGGAACGCCAACCAGUCAUCCGAGUUUCGCUGGAACAAGUGCAUCCAGUGUCGGUAGCUUUGGAACUCCGAAAACUACCGUCUCCAAGAUGUUUACACCCAACACCACCACUCCAGUUUUUGGAGCGACGAACCCGCCACCUUCUUUAUUCGGCAAUGUAAAUACUAACGCAAGUACCGCUACGACUUCCAGUAUUUUCGGGCAAGUCAAAUCACCACCAGCAUUCGGAUCUACCCCACCUAGCUUCGGUAGUGGCAAUGCAUCAGUUUUUGGAACGUCAAACACGAGCACCUCUUUCGGGACUGCAGCUGCAACGACCGGUGCCAGCACUCCUGCAUUUGGUGGCGCAAACCCAACUACCAACACCAUGGCCCCUGUUUUUGGAGUCACCAACCUUACCACCACAGCUGCUCCUGCAUUUGGAGCGAGCAGCACCGCUGCUCCGACAAUAGCUUCCACGUUUGGAUCCACCACGUCGCCGUCAGGUUUCGGUACGCAGACUGCAGGACCUGCAGGUCCUGCAACAGCAGGACAAACUUCAACGCCCAUCUUCGGUGCCUCUGGGUCAGCUUUUGGCGCUUCUACCGCAGUUCCAGUAUUCGGCACAAAUACUACAAACACCACAACGCCGGGAUUCGCAACUCCGUCGACUUCCUCUUUCGGAGCACAGAAUAAUGCGAGUCUCUCCUUCGGAGCUACGAGCAGCAGUACGACAGGGUUCGGAGGAAGCACUGCAUCCCCAUUCGGCAGCCAAACCAGCACUCCGGUUUUUGGAUCUCCAACUUCAACCGUACCUGUUUUUGGAACAGCUAGUACUAGCGGCGCGAGCAACACCUUCACUUUUGGCGGAAAUCAACCGCAAGCUCAACAGAACUCGACAUUUUCCAACAACUCUUCGUCCAACAACAAUACAGCGAGCGGGUCAUCGCCAUUCCAGUUUGGAUCAGCGACUUCCAAACCUUCUGGUGGAUUUAACUUCACGGCGCCAUCGGGAGCACCGAACAUCAACUUCAGCUCGACCGGGCCACCUUCAUUCGGAGCUUCAGCUCCAGGAACGAAUGCCUUCAGCGCCCCGACGACGGGAGGAAUGUUCAGCAUUGGAACCGGUUCCACAGUGCCGCGGUCUAAAAAUCCUCGACAAAGGAGACAGAGAUGAUGGAGAAUGUAAAUUGUAAUUACCGAUAUUUGUACUUCCUUAAGCGAUACCGCUGAAGAGGCGGCGGUUGGUCCAGGCCGGGCAAGAUGGCGGAUCAGCGUGCACUUCUUCAGCGCGUAGGGCUUUUUCAUUGUACAGGCUGAGACGAGAGAAAUGGACCUGCGAGGAAACGAAAUUCCAGAUUAACGAUCAGUCCAUCGAGUCGUCGCUCCUCUUUGCGAAACUUCCCGCGAGGGCGGCCCUUUUCUGUACAGAACCUAGGAUCCGGGAGAGUUAACGAAUAUUCCGACGUCCUCGCGAGCUAGGCGAUAAGUUGAAGUCUCGCCGGUAUAUCCGACCUUCGAGUAUCUGCGCGAGCCAAUCGAAUUAAAUUUUAAGUAGGCUCAAUUAAUGCGAAUUUAUAGGGAAAGUCUGAGUUUCCGGGGGUCGAUUGUAAUCGUGUUGGGUCUAGCUCGCGAAUAUACUCGAGUAAGUUCCUGCUGCAUUCGUAUUAUCCACCUCGAAAAUAGUUCUGUCGUGAGGUAUCGCACGAUCGAUGACGGGACUCAUUGGUUCAUUCGGAUCCAGAGGUGUUAAGAAUAUAUAUAGAUAUUUGUUUGUUUUUUUUUUUAUCAGGCGGGAGCGUAAGAAACGCGGCGAGGGCAGCGGUAGUCUAACGUCGAUUUUACAUUAUGACAGAUUAUAUAUAAAUACAUAUUCUAUUCGAUUUGUAACUAACGCCAUUUCCGAGUCUCCCUGAUGUAAAACUUCCUCUCUAGUGUAACGCAUAUUUCUCUCUUUCCGUUUUUUUUUCGACUAAAAUCGAUCUAAGGGCUAAUACGUGGAAGAGUUCGGGUGGACGCUGCUCGCGUUUGGUUUUAUAUAGAUGAGACCGUGCUAAUAAAAUCGAAAGACAUCCGGGGUGAUCCGAGUUGUUGUAAGUCAAA